GCAUCAGUGCAUUAGUGCACGUCAGUGUAUUGAGGUGUGUUAUGGGAGAUAGUAGAAUACUCGUUAUUUUCUCCAUGAACUAUUUUCAAACACAAUAACUACUUAAAAUACGUGUUAUUCAAAUGUGGAACUUUACUAUAUAUAAAAGAUAUCAAAGAACUUUACUAUAUAUAAAAGAAAAUGUAACGAAUGCCUCUCACGAACGGCGAACCUCCAAUUUGCGAUUAAAUUCUGAAUAACGAAACGAAUGACAUUAAAUAUGUGGCAGGACACGAUAGUAUUGUUGGAAAAUAUGGAUAUGCAAUUAUAGGUGCACUAACGCCGUAACCUUGCAGGAAUCUUCGUUAUUGAUAGCUGUAGUGUAACCUAAAAGCAUAGCACGAUAAUAAUUACGAAUGUUAAUCUGUCAUUAAAUUUAUCCUUUAUACUGUACUAUACUGUUCCAAACAGUCAAGUCUCAUGAGAAUUGCAAAGUUAUAAAUCUGUUAUAAAUUUUAUCAAUAGGUUAUCAGCAUAUAUGAUGGUCAGCAGAAUAUAAUAGCAGAUUGAGAAAUUGUGCGAAAUGUAUUCCUAAACAUUUGUAUGAUUCCUAAAUAUUUAAAUAGUGUCUUCUGAAAUAUUAACUCUUUAUUCUGAUCUUAUAAUAAAAUCUUAUAAUAAGAUCUCACAAUGCUGUCAAGACAGUUUAUUCGUAGUUCCCAGUUACAUAUAAUGCGAUGUUUUACUCGUAGCAGUAUCACACGAAAAAUUAAUAAAAUGGACAAAGUUCCUCCACAAAAAAACAAUGAAACUAUAAAGAAAGCUGUCAUAGGAACACGUAUGCAUCGAGUAACUGAUUUUGAUAAGAGAGUAUUAGUUUGGGUAAAAAGAUAUCCGAGUAUUGCGGAUGUUCCAAUGGACGUUACAGUGGACUGUAUACUCACUGCAAGAAAUAAAGCACGAAUCAAAGUCUGUAAUUACAUGAUCAUUGCUACUCUGAUUGGUUGUAUAGGCGCUGUAAUACUUGGAAAAAGAGAUGCUUCAGAAGGAAGAAAUUUAGUUAAACAAAGAGAAGAAUGGCUUCAGACACAGAUAGAGAAAGACAAGAAUAAAUAGAAUCAUAAAUACUCGAAGAAUGUAGGAAUCUUUAAGAUAAUUUUUCUAGGAGGCAUAGACAGCUACU